AUGUUUCAGACGGAGAUCAACCAUUUGAUUGCCAUAGGCUCCAGGAAGGGUAUGUUUAAGGAACUGCUUGCAAGAUAUGCUAUCUCUGAGAAGGCUAUGGAGAGAGCAGAUCAAUACAUUAAGAAACUGGGAGCGGAGUUUUCCAUCGUCACGAUCGAACUAUCUUUAACGCAGCUUCUGAAAUCAUGGGGCAUGGUUCCGAUCGCUGUCGUCGGGCACUCCAGUGGUGAGAUUGCUGCGCCUUUCGCCGCUGGAAUGUUCGACGUCGAUGACUACGUGAGGGGAAGCAGGAUGGCAAUAGGUACUUGCAAAGAAGGCGCAGAGAGGAUGAUAAAACAUGUUCAUAGCGGGACUAUUGUCGUCGCCUCCAUCAACAGCGAUUCGAGCGUCACAGUUUCUGGAGACACUCACGCAAUAGACGAACUGCGGACGUUGGCCGAGGACCAGGGUCUUUUCAAUCAGAAACUCAGGGUUGACGUGGCAUAUCACUCCUAUCAUAUGAAUAGCGUUUCUGCACCCUACCCGUCCUUGAUGGGGGAUAUCCGCCCUCAAGAGUCGAGUAUCAAGUUCUAUUCCUCUAUGCGUGGUCAUCAAAUUCAGUCAUCUGAGCUGAACGCAAAUUACUGGGCUUCGAACCUCUUGUCUCCCGUUAAUUUUGUCUGGGGUCUCAGCAGCCUCCUUAGAGGAGCCAAAUCUCACUCUGGCAAACCCGUGGAUACUCCAAUCGAAAUAGGCCCUCACCCUGCGUUAGAAGCACCAACCCGGGAAACCGCACAGGAAUGUGCAAGUGUAAAGAACAUCAAGCAACUGCCUUGUUUGAAGAAGGAGCCGAAUGUCGUGGAGACUAUGCAGCAACUUGCAGUCCCGUCAAAGGAAUCGGUUACCUCGCAGAGAGAAAAGGAAACUGAAAACGAAGUCCUUGACACACUUGAAACCCAGGAGGUCGAAGAAGAAGAACUUCAUGCUCUUUUGGCUGGAGCAAUUAGCGGCAAGAUGCCCAGCACCUGCAACCGCUGUCAAGAAGGCUGGCAAACGAGUAGCCGCACAAGCAUUGGUCACGGAUGCUCUAGCUCUCAAAAUGCUGACCUUGCUCAUGGUUCCUUUCAAAUCGAUUUCCUCUUACAGAUUAGACUCACUCGUUGCCAUCGAGGUAUGAAACUAGGUUUUCCGUGA